AUGUCUCAGGAAAUAUCUGAGGUCAGGCCGGACUUGCCGGACUUGACCAUCCCAGCCGCUUUGAAUCAAGCCGCAGAUUCCUCAACUACUCCAAAGCCAAAACGAAACCGCCGUACCAAUGCCGAGAUGGAGAUCUACAGGGCCAGCCAAGAAAUCGAGAAAUCGACUUCAAAGAAAACCAACAACGAGAAAGAGUUCAAAUAUUGGGUUCCAACUGCUAGACGCUUGGCUGCCCUCAAGAAAAAUUCUAAUGCACACCGUUCAGCAGCAAAGCCAGCAACUAGUACGAGCAGAACUGCAGACGCCAAUCCUCAGUUUAUUGCGACCGACUAUCAGCUUAUUUGUAGUUACCUUGAAGAUCCCCAACACUACACCCAAAUAUAUGGAAACGGUACUAGAACAUCGGUUGGCCCUCAAUCUCUAACUAAGGGUGCAGCAUACGAUGUGUUUGCUAUCUACAUGAACGACCAGACCAACAAACGACUUCACCUUGAUGGGAAGCUCCUCCGACAACGUAUCGAGGCUUACAAGAAGAGAUUCACCAACGCUAAGCAUUGGGCUGAUACUACUGGAGCUGGUAUCGAUAUCUGUGAUAAUGGGAUCACCAUCAAAGCUAAGUUAGAAUCGAUGUGCCCCUGCUAUGAGAGAAUGGAUCAGAUUUUCGGAGGCAAGCCAAAUGUUACACCGGCAGCUCAAUAUGAGUCUCAAGGCGGGAUGGAGCUAUACGAUCAACCAAUGGAUGACGACCGACUUUGA